AUUAUGCAGUCUGCUUUCCAGAUUCGUACCGCAAAAAAUUGUGAGCAUCUCUUGUAUUUUCUACUUUAAAUUUUGACGAAAACUGAUACCAUAAUCUGAAGAUGUCAUUCAAGAGAGAAGGAGAUGAUGGUUCACAGUUGAACCUUCUUAAGAAACGGAGAGUAGCUGAACUGUUGGCUAAGGAUAUCCCAGAUGAUGAAGCAAUGCUUAUGAGCAAUGGAAGAUAUGCGUGUACGGUUUGCCAUUAUAAACCAGUCUUCGACACCGUUGAUAUGCUGACAGUUCACCGAGCUGGAAAGAAACAUCAACAUGCCACUGAAAAUCAUUUUGCAAAGAAGAGAGACCUCGCUUUGCUAGUAAGAAAGAGAAGGCAAGAAGAAGAGAUCAAGAGAGAGAGUCAGAUAGGAAAGAAUCAGGAAGCUGAGCCAUCCCCCCUAUUACUGAAAGUGGAAGCGGCCAAAAGACACACACUGCUGAAGGAAGCUCCAUACAAUCCUUGUCAUACACACAAAAAUGAAGGACUUUCCAAAAAAUCAAAGAACAAGCUAUUCUUCCAAUCCAUCCGGCAGAUCAGUUCAACCAAUCAGACGGUAGGGAAUUCAAAUCUAGCCAAUCAGGACCAAGAUCUUUCACAUUUUUCCCAUAAACAUGCUACAUCUGUCGCUACUAAACAGACUCUUCAACCAGGCUUUUCUUAUGAUCACCCUCAUGUUGCUAUUGCUGGCCCUACUACUGCUCCUCGAAAGGCAGGUUUCAAGCCUGGUUUGAAGUCUAACCUACAGGCUCGAGCUCCAGGAGUUUCUAGCUUUCAAAUCAGACCAUACAUAUCAAAAGCAAAGAGGAAUGCAAUAAAUUAUAAAGCAUGCUCUUCAAAACAACCAGAUCAUAAACCUAAUUCAGGAAAGCCAGAAACAAUCUCAUCCCCGGGUUCCUACAAUGAAUCAUCCCUUUCAGUUCAAGAUGAAUCAUCUGGAGGUGAGGUUGAGAACUCGGUUGAAUUCAUAAGGGAAUUCCAAAGUACACAGAACUCAGAUGUUUAUGACAAUGCUAGCAUUACCAAGGUUAGACAGGUAAAAAAUGAGAGGACCAUGAAAGCAACUCCAGGCAGCUUCUUCCAGAGGGAAUCGCCAUGUGGCAACAUGCAACAGGAUUUCAGGUUAGAUGUAGAUGGUGGAGAGAAGGGUUCACGGCAGCAUGCACAGGGACCUGUACCGAAGCCUGAGUUUGUGAGGGGUUUCCAGGGGUGUAGUCAAGGGACACACAAACACCCUCAGGGUGUAAGGGGUAUCCAGAGGUGUGGCCAAGGGACUUCCCUGGAGCCUCAGGGUUUGAAGGAUCUCCAAGACUGCAGAAGAGGGGCCAGAGUAGAGGAAGAAAGGACUAAACAAAGAGUGGUAAAGACAAAGCAGAAGAGCAAAUCAAAGAUGACAGAUGAGAAGAAGGAAGAACUCCAGAGAUACUUAGAGCUUACCAGUUCUGGCUGGGUACAAGACAACGGAGGUAACUGGAUCAAAGGUCAGGAUGUGGAGUUUGAUUCGGAUGAAGAGCCACCAAAAUCUUAGUCCAUGUGCUCUUGGACAUAUCACUUAUUAGACAGAAAACAAGGCUCCUACUUGCUCAACACUUCUUCAAUAGACAAAACAACAGCUCUAUGAGCAACCCUCUGAUUAGCAAACUUCCUAAUGGAUUGUGGUGUAUGGAGCAAUAGUGUGAUGCUGCUGGCCAGAUACAUGGAGGUAAAGUGUUAUGUUUGCAUUCCUGUUAAUGGAUGGAUAGUUCUAUAUUCAAGCCGUCAUGCUUUUAUUUGCAGUGCAAACUUGGGUGCUUGAAAUGGGUUUGGUCACUGUGAAACCCGGAAUGGUGGCUGGCUGUUUGAUGUGCAAAUACAUGUAGUAAGAAUUCAUCUCAUCAUCAUUUCGAUUGCAGGAACUAUCUUUAUUUGGUUAGUCCUGCAGGAUUUAAAAACUUACCUGUAUAUAAUUAUAUGUGACAUGUUUGUAUGAUAAGACAUGGUGCAUAAAAUCUGUUGUGGUCUAGCCUGAAUAAAGCCAAAUCUGCUGUACGCUGGUUUCUUUACCACCCAUGUUGAAACACUUUUCAGCUUCUGCAUGCUUUUUUCUAAUUUUGCCCAUAGAUUUGUGUAGAGAAGGUAGUUAUGUCCCUGGGGUGGUAUUCUGAGGUCGUUUUAUCUUUGAAAUAUUUUAUUUUAUCUUUUAAAAUGAAAUUGGUAUUCUGAGAUGACAUUUUAUCUCUCAGAUACAAUUUACAAUUUCAUCUUGAGUAUCUAUGAUGAUGCGCAACAGAGCUGUUAUGAUUGGGAAAUCAUAGUUAUACUAAAGUGAAAGGACUUUAGAUAAUUUCUGUGAUACUUCUUUGUGUGAGACAUCACAAGAUGAUGGCUCAGGUAACCACACAUUCCAAUGAGAUGAAGUACUCUCUCUAUCCAUGCUAAAAUGAAAGUUAAUUGUACAAAUGAGUUUAGAUCCAAUAAAUUAUUCGAACUAUACACACGUGUCUCUCAAGCCUCCUAAAUAUUGUGUAACUGGAACUCUACAAAAGCAAUGGCUGCGUAGACAUACACAUCGCGUAUCUGGCCAUUGCAACGCGGGUGAUGUGCUUGCGCCCAAGUAACUUUGAAGAAAAAAUAAAAUAAAUUUAAAAGAGGGUAGGGGCUAUUUUAUCUCUGCGACGUUGAUUUCGUCAAUAUUUCUAGAUGAAUUAACUCCAAAUGUUGACAUGAAAAGGAAGAAAAUUCAUAUGUUUAUUGAGAACAACACCUCAAUGUUAUUCCUGUACAUUCAGGAAGUAUUUCAUAAGACUUUUCUUGACUAAAUAUUGUAUUUGAAAUGAUGAUUGAAAAGAUGCAUAUAGACUUCGAAAAAAAGAUGAGAGUAUCGUCAUUCUUGUUAAAAAGAAAUCUCUGUAAAGACGUGAAGCAUAUAGUGCAAGCGUAUUAAAGUCAAUAAAUUGACUUCAAAUAGAUAAAUGGAUUUCCAUUGGUUGAGUGAUAUGAGAGAGCUAUUAAAGCAUGUUUCCAAUUGGAUAUUGAUUAAAAAAUAGGUGUGUCUUACAGAGAUAAAGUGAAGAUAAAAUUGUUCUCAGAAUACCAAUUCGGAGAGAUUUUAAGGGUAUUUUAUCUCAUUGAUUUUAACGGAGAUAAAAUAUUUUAUUUUAUCUGAAAUAAAAUGGAUCUCAGAAUACCACCCCAGUUUUCAUCUUUUUGGAAUCCUUUGUCCCUGUUUAUGGACCUCCAAUGUUGGCGAUUAUGCACUCAUUCUAUGAGUGGUUUAAUGUUGAUGAGGUUUGGGGCCAUGGGGCCGUUUCAUAAAGCUGUUCGUAAGUUAAGAGUGACUUUUAGAACGACUGGUGAACAUUUCUUACGCGCUAAACCAUCGCCAAUAAACAUACCGUUUACCACAAGAAAGAAUCACCAGUCGUUCUUAAAGUCGCUCUUAUCUUACGAACAGCUUUAUGAAACACCCACCUGGUUAUUUGGCGUGUCUGGUGUACCUGCACCUUGAAGGCCAUGACAGGAAACCAUUCACUGGCCAUGGUGUUAAAACACCCUAGUUAUACCUGUAUAACACCCUGGGGACCACUGUGAAAGCAUGUAGUUCCUUUCUGCGCAUGAUCAGAGGAAGGUCAUUUGUACUAACGUGACAUGGUGGUUUAAAAUCUAAUGAGAUAAGCGCCAACUUUGAUGUCUUGAUUAUUCAUAUAUUCUUUUGAAUAGUGGUUUUCAUUUACAUCCACAAAAAACAACAAGGCGUCCAUGAACGACUGGUAUUUCACAGUUUGCUAAGUACAUUGUGCAACAUGCUAUGAUAUGCAUUCAAAGUAGGAAUGCAACAAAUACCUUCAUAAAGUGUUCAUUGGUGUGCUAUUCUAGUCACCUGGUCUAUUCAAUUUCUUCAUCCUGCUAUGUAAGGCAAGCUUACGUAAUAUCUUGCUUUGAAAUCUGCCUAUCAUAAUGAAAGAAAUGAAAGGUCAUUUGACUAAAAUUGUCCAUGAUUAACUACGAACUGGUCUAUAGUCGGGGAGAGAUGUAGCAUGAACCCCCCUCCCCGCAUUGAUCAUUGGAAAAACUUGGAUAAUGACAUAUAUCCAAAUCUACACAGUGAAAACUAUUAUGGUGUUUAUUGGUGUACAUACAUGUAUAGGGCCACGCCAGUCAUUUUAAUUUGUUGUUAUUUCAACACCUAUGGAUGUUAUUGUUAUUUCAACACCUUUGGUUGUUACUUUUACACCCUUAAGUGUUGUAUCAAUCUCUUUGGUGUAAUUUUAACAUCUCAGGGUGUGUUCCUCUAUGAACACCAACUGGUGUCGGCUUUUAACACCCUGUUUUUAAAGUGUUCACAUAUCUGAAUAAUUCAGUGAUUUAUCGAUGCAUGGUGCUAUGUAGUUGAGGAUGAGUUAACUUGUGAAAAUUUAUAACCUUCAAAGUUUUUUUAUUUCAUGUUUUUGCAGCUACAUGAAAUUGGUAUAUAUACACAUGAACAUAUUCUGUUAUACCAUGUGAUACAAAGUGAGAAUAGAAAGUAGAAUAUUGAAUCCCUGCUAAUCAUAACUUGCCAUCAGAUUCAUAUUGUUUAUCUUCCUUUCCAUUAGUGAAUAAGCUUGAUGUGGAUUCACGUACUAUGCAAUAUCUUUGUUUUUUAUCAGAGUUUUUGUCUCACAAGUUUUUGAAAUGUCAUCAUAACUUAGAAAAUAUAUGGACCUAGUUCAUGAAACUUGGACAUACAUAAGGUUAAUCAAGUAUCACUGAACAUCCUGCAUGAGUUUCACGUCACAUGACCAAGGUCAAAGGUCAUUUAGGGUCAAUGAACUUUGGCCGAAUUGGGGGUAUCUCUAAUCUGUUGAAUUACCAUCAUAACUUUAAAAGUUUAUGGAUCUGAUUCAUGAAACUUGGACAUAAUAGUAAUCAAGUAUUACUGAACAUCCUGUGGAAGAUUCAGGUCACAUGAUCAAGGUCAAAGGUCAUUUAGGGUCAAUGAACUUUGGCCAAAUGGGGGGUAAUUGUUGAAUUACCAUCAUAACUUUGAAAGUAUGUUGGUCUAGUUCAUAAAACUUGGACAUAAGAGUAAUCAAGUAUCACUGAACAUCCUGUGCGCAUUUUAGGUCGCAUGACCAAAGUCAAAGGUCAAUUAACUUUGGCCAUAAUGGGGGUAUCUAUUGAAUUACCAUCAAAACUUUGAAAGUUUAUGGAUCUGACUCGUGAAACUUGGACAUAAGAGUUAUCAAGUAUCACUGAACAUCUUGUGCGAGUUAUAGUAGUUUUCAAAGUCAGCACAGCUGCUAUAUUGAAUCGCGUGAUGCAGGUGAGACCGCCAGAGGCAUUCCACUUGUUCUUUCUUUAGCAUUUCUUGUGUAAAGAUUGCUGAGUGGCGCAUUUAUGUAGAAUGUAAUAUACAUGCUGCGGUUAUACCGUUAUUAAUGUGAGCCCUGUAAUACCAUAAAUUUGUAUUUGCUCAUACAUGAACGUUUUCCUAUAUCAUUGCUAUUACUCUGUAAUCUAUAAAUUUGGAAUUUUGAUUUAAAGUAUUUGUGCCCAUUUAUAACACAUGUAUACACAAACUUUAAUAGCUUGUCCACCCAAACAAAAAGUUGCAUCGAAAAGCACUGGAAACUUCACCCCCCCCCCCCC